CCCGCCUCCCUCCGUCCCGGCUCAGCCCUUCCCGGCCCCGCGUCCGUCCGCUGGGGGCGCGCGCAGCGCGAGGCCGGCGGCGGCUGGGAGCGCGGGUCGCGUGGCGCGGCGUGGUUGCUAGGGGCGCUGAGGCCGCCCGCUCGACCCGCAGGCCGAGGGAGGAAGCAGCGCGGAGCCGGCGCCGAGCCCGGGCGAAGCUCGGUCCGCUGGGCUGAUGCACGUGAGGAUGCAGGAGCAGCCGCUGGAGGUGCGUGGCGCCUCCCCCCCGCCGGGCCGUGCAGUCAUGCGGUCAUGAUGCGGGACCCUCAUGGCCUCCGCCGGAACCGAGCACUUCCGAGUCGGCCCCCGCCGGCAGAGUGGCUUCCAGCAGAGCGGGCCGCCCCCGGCGGCCCCCGAGAGAGCCGCUGAGGGCCCAGGCUGGGCUCAGGCCCACCCGCAGGUGAAGCCGAUCUGGAAGCUGGAGAAGCAGCACGUGGGGGCGCUGUGGGCGGGGCCGGGCCCCGGCCUGCUGGGGGUCUCACCGCAGCACGCCUACUUCUUCUGCCCCCGGGCCCUGUGCCGGUCAGGGAGCGCCGCGGUCAUCGGCGGCGGCGGCGGUGGUGGUGGCAGUGGCGGAGGCGGUGGUGCCCGCGCCAGCUCGUGCUCGCUGCAGUCGCUGCCCGGGCUGUUCGGCGGCAACCUGCUGUGCCGGCGCUCCAGCGCGCGGCUCCGGCCCUACCAGCAGCUGGAGUCCUUCUGCCUGCGCUCCGUCCCGCCCGAGCGGAGACCCUUCUCCUUCCCGCCCCGUAGCCUGGCCGCCGGCCUCGCCGCCCGGCAGGCCGCCUGGGCCCCGGCCUCCACCAUGGCCCUGCCGCUGGCGCCCGCGCCCCCGGAGCCCUGCCUCUCCCUGCAGGGGGCGGCCGGGGAGAACGCUGCGGCCCGGGCCCCGGCCCCCACCACCACCACCACCACCACCACCACCACCACCACCACCACCCCGGGCAAGACCCCGGCGCCGCUCACCCCGCCGCCCGCCUACAAGCCCGUGCUGAACAACAACGCCUUCCUGCGCCCCAGCAGCACCAAAGUGCCUUUGCUGCCGGUCCCUGAGGCCCUCAAGCCGCUCGUGCCCGCCAAGAUCCAGCUGGUUUCCUGGCACCCCUCCGGGGGCACCGGCGACUGUGCCAUCCGGCCCCUGGAGCCCAAGUUGCCCGGCGGCGGCGGCGAUGGCCUGGGCCCACUCCCCGAGAACCCGCCCGUCCCCGAGGAUGGCGCCCCCGUGCCCCUGCCCCCGCCCCCGGCCCGGGACGUGCAGCUCACCGAGGCCGUGCGGAAGCUGACCGCCGGGGGCUUUGACCAGAGCCUGCGGGAGGGCGGCUGCGAGCCUGAGCAGCCCCGGUUCCCGCCGCCGGGCCUGCUGUGCGGCGGGAGCCCGCUGUGGAAGGGGCCUGGCGAGGCACGUGAGGUGGCAGCCGCCGCCACCGACGGGGCCAGCGACACCCAGGUCUUCUGCACCAAGCGCAUCAGCAUUCACCUCCUCGCCUCCCGCGCUCCUGCCACCGCCGGUAGGCUCAGCCCCAGCCCCCCGCCUCUCGGAGAAGACCAGACUCCGGUCCUGCCCUCUGCACCUCAGCUGCUGCCCGACAUCACCGGGGUGACCGCGCACCUCUCCUCCGUCCACCUGGACCAGCCGGCGGCUCCGGGGCCCAGGGAAGGCGGGGAGCCGCGCUCGCCUGCAGGCUCAGCCGCUGACCGCCAGCUCACCCCGGUGGAGGGGGAGGACCUGGAGGAAGAGCUCGUGGAUGGCCUGGAGGACUUCUGCAGCCACGGCGAGGACGAGGAGGAGGAGGGAGACUCGGACUGUUCCUCCUCCUCCACUGCGUCCCGUGGCGAGUCCCUCACAGUGAUCUCUCGGAACUGCGCGGAGAUUCUCACCAAGCCCUUUCCCAGUGAGAAGGUGGUGCAGCCGGCCCUCGUCUACAGUCUCUUCCCCAACGUGCCCCCCACCAUCUACUUUGGCACCCGGGACGAGAAAGUGGAGAAGCUGCCCUGGGAGCAGAGGAAGCUGCUGCGGUGGAAGAUGAGCACGGUGACCCCCAACAUCGUCAAGCAGACCAUCGGGCGGUCCCACUUCAAGCUCAGCAAGCGGAACGACGACUGGCUGGGCUGCUGGGGCCACCACAUGAAGUCGCCCAGCUUCCGGACCAUCCGGGAGUACCAGAAGCUCAACCACUUCCCAGGCUCCUUCCAGAUUGGGCGGAAGGACCGGCUGUGGCGGAACCUGUCGCGCAUGCAGAGCCGCUUUGGCAAGAAGGAGUUCAGCUUCUUCCCGCAGUCCUUCAUCCUGCCGCAGGACGCCAAGCUCCUGCGGAAGGCCUGGGAGAGCAGCAGUCGCCAGAAGUGGAUCGUCAAGCCACCGGCCUCGGCGCGGGGCAUCGGCAUCCAGGUGAUCCACAAGUGGAGCCAGCUGCCCAAGCGCCGGCCCCUGCUGGUGCAGAGGUACCUGCACAAGCCCUACCUCAUCGGCGGCAGCAAGUUCGACCUGCGCAUCUACGUGUACGUCACCUGCUACGACCCUCUGCGCAUUUACCUCUUUUCCGACGGGCUCGUCCGCUUUGCCAGUUGCAAGUACUCCUCUUCCAUGAAGAGCCUGGGCAACAAGUUCAUGCACCUGACCAACUACAGCGUCAAUAAGAAGAACGCCGAGUACCAGACCAACGAGGAUGAGACUGCCUGCCAGGGCCACAAAUGGGCGCUCAAGGCCUUAUGGAACUACCUGAGCCAGAAGGGCAUCAACAGUGAUGCCAUCUGGGAGAAGAUCAAGGACGUCGUCGUCAAGACCAUCAUCUCGUCGGAGCCGUACGUGACGAGCCUGCUGAAGAUGUACGUGCGGCGGCCCUACAGCUGCCACGAGCUCUUUGGCUUCGACAUCAUGCUGGACGAGAACCUCAAGCCUUGGGUCUUGGAAGUCAACAUUUCCCCCAGCCUCCACUCCAACUCGCCUCUGGACAUCAGCAUCAAGGGCCAGAUGAUCCGGGACCUGCUCAACCUGGCGGGCUUCGUGCUGCCCAGCACCGAGGAGCUGCUGUCCAGCAGCUCCAGCGGCUCCAGCAGCAGCUCCGGCCUCAGCCUCCCGGGCUCCAAGGACAAAUGUCGAAUGACGCCCGAGCAGUUUGCCGCGCAGAGGCUGAAGAAAGCGUAUUACCUGAACCAGAAAAUGCCGGAUCCGGACUUCUACGCCUCCGUGCUGGACGUGCUGACUCCGGACGACGUCCGCGUCCUGGUGGAGCUGGAGGACGAGUUCUCCCGACGCGGGCAGUUCGAGCGCAUCUUCCCCUCCCGCAGCUCCGCCCGCUACCUGCGCUUCUUCGAGCAGCCGCGCUACUUCAACAUCCUCACCACCCAGUGGGAGCAGAAGUACCACGGCAACAAGCUCAGAGGCGUAGACCUGCUUCGCAGUUGGUGCUAUAAAGGGUACCACACGGGGGCCAUCUCGGACUCGGCCCCAAUGUGGUCCCUGCCGGCAUCCAUCCUGACCGCCACCAAGUCCGACUUGACAUACAGUCUCUUCUCCAGGCCCGAGGCCGGCAGAGCAGGAAUGCACGGCUCCUCCGGGGAAGUCCUGCCGCCCGCCGAAGGGGGGGCCCCUCCCAAGCCCCGGAAGAUGGAGGCCGGCCUUCUCCAGCCCGCCCGGGGCAGCGAGGACACCAGCAGGGAGGGCGGCCCCCUGCUGCCCGACAUCCGCUUCUCCAGGCAGGCCGCACACUGCGCCUUCGCCCCUGCCUCGCAGCCCAGCGGUGACCGUCUCCUGGCCACGGCCAGCCCCUGACCGGCCCCUGGCCACGGUCCCUGUCCGGGAGCACCAGCGCUAGCUACCUCACGGAGCGGCCGGCCGGCCGGCCAGAGCCUCGCCCCUCCGCCCGCCCCCCAACGCAGAGUAUUUUUUUGGAAGCAGUGGAGCGCAGGGACGGGCAGUGGGUGAGGGGCGCAGGGCUGGGGGGGUGGUGAGGAAGGGGUCCCCCCUCGUCCCCUCUCUGCCCAGCUCGCACCUCACACUUGAGCAGAGAAGCCAGUGAUGGCCACUCAGCCUUAUAAAGCGGGGUUCGGUUUCUA